ACUUAAUUGUAAGAUUACCUUUUAUAAUAAUGACGCUACACAUAUUAAAUGGACUGUAUGCUACCAUCAAUCAUUGCAGAAAACUUCCCAGCAGAGGAUUUUUUUAUUGGCUAACUAUAAUAUUCAAUAAAGUUGACAAAGAAAGAAUUCAGUCAGUUGGUCCAGACCGUGCCUGUGCCGAAUGGCUUUUGAGAAAUGGUGCCAGUGUUCGGUGGAAAGGCUUCACAAAAUAUUUGAGUGAUUAUAAUAAUUUGUCAACAGAAGAAACUCGAUAUUACAUACAAGCCGUAGAUGCUACAAAUUCUGGGAUUACUGAUGUGGGAUUUCCUCAUUUUGAUGGUUGCAGGUAUAUUGAUGAUGUAAAACUUAUACGUUGUGUUUAUAUAAAUGACACUGCAUUAUCGUUAUUGUCGAUAGUGAAAGAUACUUUAACUACUCUUGAAAUUAGAGAUUGCAAGAGUAUAACUGAUAAAGGAGUGCGUAGCUUGAAAAAUUUGAAAAAUCUGAAGACAUUAAAACUAGCUGGUAUGCCAUAUUUAGACGAUAAAGUUUUGCUUAGAAAAGAACUUGCGCAAGCCUUACCAAAUUGUGUGAUAGAAUUUAAAUAAAUUAUAUAAGACAUAGUUUAUAUGUAUCAAUUCUGAUUAUAUAUACAUAUAUAUAUAAUGUAUUGAAUAUCUAGAUUUCUUAGUAUUGUAAAAAAUACGCCUUACAAGACAUUUUUAAUUUUUUACAAAUAUUGCAAUAGUUAUUAAGCGAAUGCCAUACUUACAAAUUUUACCUAUUGAAUACUGACCUUUCCUGCAAAGUUUACAUCUUGUUAGUUGUACAGAAUUAUAAAUGCUUUUACAGUGAAUGUAUGUGUAAAAAUAAAUUUAAACAUUACUAAAUAUGUGUCAAAAA